GGCUCAUGGAGUCCGUGCUGAUUUGGGUAAGAUGAUGUUCAGACAGAUUCUCAAUCUUGGAGUGACUCAGGUCAAUGAUGCACGUUGGUUGAUCUUCCCUCGCUUGAUCAUGGCACUUCUCCAAAGCCAGCAUGCAGUUCCAUCUUAUCCCAGUGACAAGCUUCAACGUCCGGUUCCUUACAAGAAGGAUAAACGCGUGGGUGAGAUCUAUGAGCAGAGACUAGCUAAAGGAAAGGCACCAUCUAGAAGUGAACCAAAGAGAAGCUCUACCAGGACAACACGUCAGUCAUCUCCUGCUCCGAGCCCUGCUCCACGAACUGCUACACCAAGCUCCAGGACUGCACCACGACGCGUAUCUGUCUAUGAGCUUGGAUCAGUUGCCAUUCCUCAAGGACCACUUAACCGUGUUGAUUUGCAAGUGGCCUUACAGGACACAACACGAGCUCUUCAGGCGCUAGCUGAGAUAGUUCAGGAUCUUCAGAGCGCUGUAGCAGGGGGAGAAGAAGAAGACUAAGAAGACCAAGAUUGUGGGGGAG